ACGUGCAUCCAUGGCAACCGGGCAGCCAAUCUGCCAAGUCCAAUAGGAAAUCAUCGGAGGGGGCUUGACUGUCUUUUUCUCCCCCUUUAAAAAAAAUACAUCUCGGCUCCGGCUUUAAUUCUUUCGUACUUCCAAUCGCAGCCUACCUUGAAAAAUACAUCGCGGCUCCGGCUUUAAUUUUUCUUCCACCUUCAGCCCUUUUGCCUGCCAAGUUUGCCAAGCCCGAGGAUGCGGUAGCCGGCCCCCCACGCAGCAUCGUUCCUCCUCCGCGGUGUUUGGUGUUUGCGUUUUUCACGGCUGGUCAGGCGAUUGGUGCGGUAACUUUGGGAUUGCCUCGUUUUUCGGGUGCCUCGGACUGCCUUGGCGCGCGGAAAGAAGACGCGGAGGAUUCGACGCGGAGGAGAGAGAGAGGGAGAGAGGAGAAAGGAGGGGGAGAGGGAAACACAGGAGAAGCCUCCAUGUUUCAGCUGCCCAUCUUGAAUUUCAGCCCCCAGCAGGUCGCCGGGGUCUGCGAGACUCUGGAGGAGAGCGGGGACGUCGAGCGCCUCGGCCGCUUCCUCUGGUCGCUGCCCGUCGCGCCAGCGGCCUGCGAGGUCCUCAACAAGAACGAGUCGGUGCUGCGGGCCCGGGCCGUCGUCGCCUUCCACACCGGCAAUUUCCGCGAACUUUACCACAUCCUGGAGAACCACAAGUUCACCAAAGAGUCGCACACGAAGCUGCAGGCGCUGUGGCUCGAAGCGCACUACCAGGAGGCUGAGAAGCUGCGGGGACGCCCGCUGGGGCCGGUGGACAAAUACAGGGUGCGGAAGAAGUUCCCCCUACCCAGAACCAUCUGGGAUGGAGAGCAGAAAACCCACUGCUUCAAGGAGAGAACCCGGCACUUGUUACGAGAAUGGUAUUUGCAGGAUCCCUACCCGAAUCCCAGUAAAAAGAGGGAGCUUGCACAGGCUACAGGACUUACACCCACACAAGUAGGAAACUGGUUCAAAAACCGCAGACAAAGAGACAGAGCAGCGGCUGCGAAGAACAGGCUCCAGCAGCAGGUCCUGUCCGGCGGCUCGGUUCGCUCCCUGGCGGACGAGGACGGCACCGUGGACCGCCUGGGGAACUCGUCCAGUCCGGAGGCCAGUCUUUCCAGCAAAGCAGCCGCCUCGGCCAUCUCCAUCACCUCCAGCGACAGUGAAUGUGACAUCUGACGGGCAGAUCGAGGGUGACGAAUUUAAACAGGGGGAUCCGACUGAAAGACAAUCUAAUAAAACAAGUCAUAGUGCCUGCGUUGAGUUAUAAACACACACAUACACACACACACACGAACUGAUCUCUGGCGGGUGCCAAAACAUGAGAUGAGGGGAUCUGUGAUCUGCGGCGGACUGCCCGUCCUUCUCCUUUUAGGCCUACUUUUUUUUUCUUUUUUGUUUGUUUGCGUUUUUACCCACGUGUGGAUAACUGAACUUAAUAUGGACGAAACAUGUUUGACGGACUAAUAAACCAACGCCCCCGAGAUGAAAAGUAAAAAAGACAAAAAAACAAGGAAAAAACCAAGAAGAAUCAUUCAAAUAAAAAAAAAUAAAAAAAAAUGGGGGGCGAUGAAGGCAUCCGAGCGCCUAACCUGCUGUUCUCUGUGGGUAUUUCAUGUUGAAAAAAAGAACUGUGAUAUUUUUACUUUACUUUCAAAGUUUUAUAAAUAAUGUUUAUUUGCCUAUUUAAAAAAAACAAACAACGA